GAGAUCCCACUGUACUGUAGUUCAUUGAACGAACCUCGACAGGAGACAAGCGCGCCCCCUGAUGGCAUCUCUGCGCGUCACAAGCGGAGCGCCCAAGCGCCAUCCUCCUCCUCGUCGUCUUCCUCCUCUUCGUUGUCCUCCUGCAAUCUCUCUGGUGUUGUUCUCCAGGCGCAUCCUCCUCCUCCCUGCCGCGCCUGACCGCAGACUUCAAGCUGCUGCACUAGCGGACAUAACAUCAUAUAAAGAGGAGACAUUGCCAUUUCAUUCUCGUCAUUAUUGUACAUAUUGAGGGUGGGGGGGGCGGCAGGCGCUAUGGCGAAACACCGCAAAGACAGAGACAGCUGGGGGUCCCUGGGUGACAAGAACAUGUACGAGUGGAGCUCAGAGGACGAAGAGUCGGACGGGCGGGCGCGGCCUAUCCAGGUGCUGCUGGUGAAGGACGACCACACCUUCGAGCUGGACGAGGCAGCGCUGAGUCGCAUCCUGCUGGCCGAGGAGGUGCGCGACCGCGAGGUGGUGGCCAUCUCGGUGGCGGGGGCCUUCCGCAAGGGGAAGUCCUUCCUAAUGGACUUUAUGCUGCGCUACAUGUACAACCACGGCUCGGACGACUGGCUGGGCCAGGCCGACGAGCCCCUGACCGGGUUCUCGUGGAGGGGGGGCUCGGAGAGGGAGACCACCGGCAUCCAGAUCUGGAGCGAGGUCUUCCUGGUUGACCUGCCUGACGGGACCAAGGUGGCAGUGCUGCUGAUGGACACACAAGGUACCUUCGACAGCCAGUCCACGCUGCGUGACUCGGCCACCGUGUUCGCUUUGAGCACCAUGAUCAGCUCCAUGCAGGUUUACAACAUCUCCCAGAAUGUCCAAGAAGAUGACCUUCAGCAUCUGCAGCUGUUCACAGAGUACGGCCGACUGGCAAUGGAGGAGACAUUCCUCAAACCGUUUCAGUCCAUGAUAUUCCUCAUCCGAGACUGGAGCUUCCCGUACGAGUUUCCAUACGGGCAGGAGGGAGGCAUGAAGUUCCUGGAGAAGAGGCUCAAGAUCUCGGAGAACCAGCACGAGGAGCUGCAGAACGUGCGCAAACACAUCCAUUCGUGUUUCACCAACAUCUCCAGCUUUUUGAUGCCUCACCCCGGCUUGAAGGUGGCCACCAAUCCGCACUUUGACGGACGGAUCAAAGAGAUCGACGGCGAGUUCAUCAACAACUUGAAGGUUCUGGUGCCCUGGCUCCUGAGUCCUGGCAACAUUGACGUGAAGGAGAUCAACGGCAGUAAGAUCACCUGCAGAGGCCUGCUGGAGUACUUCAAGGCCUACAUCAAGAUUUACCAAGGAGAGGAGCUGCCUCAUCCUAAAUCCAUGCUGCAGGCCACGGCGGAAGCCAACAACCUGGCGGCGGUGGCUGCAGCCAAGGAUCUGUACAGCAAGAAAAUGGAGGAGGUGUGCGGCGGCGACCGUCCCUUCCUGGCGCCCAGCGAGCUGCAAGCGCGCCACGCCGUCCACCGCGAGGAGGCUCUGGCGCUUUUCCGCGGCGUGAAGAAGAUGGGCGGCGAGGAGUUCAGCCGGCGCUACCUGCAGCAACUGACGGGCGAGGUGGAUCAGGUCUUCGUCCAGUACAUCAAGCACAAUGACUCCAAAAACAUUUUCCACGCCGCCCGCACGCCCGCUACCCUUUUCGUGGUCAUCUUCGUCAUGUACGUGGCGGCAGGCGUGACGGGCUUUGUGGGCGUGGACGUCAUCGCCAGCCUGUGCAACAUGAUCCUGGGCCUGGCCCUCAUCACGCUCUGCACCUGGGCCUACAUACGCUACUCGGGGGAGUACCGAGAGCUGGGCGCCGUCAUCGACCAGGUGGCCGGGGCGCUCUGGGACCAGGGGAGCACGAACGAGGCGCUGCACAAGUUGUACAACGUGGCAGCCAAUCACCGGCACUUGUACCAGCACGCCUUCCCUGGGCAUCAGGCCGACGACGUUGGAGAGGCGGCGGCGGCGGCGGCCGAGGAGCGCGGCAAGAAGCGGGACUGACUCAGCACGGACCGGACCGUACACUGCUCACUGUAUACGACGAGCAUCUUCAUCACUCAGCUUCCUCCUCAUCAGCUGUCAAUCAUCACCUGGACGGGAAUGUCGUGCGGCGUAUGGGGAGCCGCUGGAGUGUUUAUCCUACUAGAGCACUUGGAGAACAACCAGGGCCCACCUCCUUAAAUGACUGUCCUACUCGUUAUUGCGUCACUUUACGUGCAGAAGACUUUUUUUUAUUUGCAUUUAAUCCACAUGUUUUUUUUUUCAAUUGGUUCUUACAAUUUGUUACAUGCAUUUGUUUUUGCAACUAUGCAAAAAGCUUUUUGUAUUUUUUAGGUUUUCGUGUGAUAUUUAUUGAUAUGUACGAUACGUGUUAUAGGUUCAAAUGCUAUUAAAAAAUAAUAUGACGCAUUUCACAGCUAUACAUUGACUUCGGAAUCCUCAACGGAUUUGUUUAUUAUUGUUGGACAAUUUUAUGUAUAUAUAGUUUUUUCCCUAUUUUUUACAGUUUGUCACAUUUUAUUGUAAUGUGUGCAUGGACGCAGAAAACCUAUUGAUUUUUUUUUUUUAAAGAAUCAUAAUGUAUUGACUUGUACAUGUCAAAUAAUUUUAAAUAUAAUUUUUCUCCCACCAUUUUUGCGAACGGAAUUGCAUAUUUGUCGUAUUCAUUUGGUUUAAUUUACUUUAUUUAAAGGUUGGGGUUUUUUUUUUUUCAUUCAGGGAGGAAACACUGUGUCUAUUUUGUCUCCAUACAAUUUUAUCAAAUGGAUUUAUGCAAAAGCAAACAAAUACUGCAUCAAUAGACAUUUUCCAAAAUUGUAAAUAGACUCUGUAGGACACCUCUGUACAGUAUAUUCCAUAGUUGAACCUUUUGGGAAGCCACAAAACGCAGCCAUGUUAACCAAAGUCACAGAAUUUCCAACACAACUCCAAUUGAGAUAAUCUGAUAUACAAUUAAUCAUUUAUCUGAUGAGCAAAUGUACAAAGUAUAUUGUAAAGUCAUUGUCCGCAUGGUGUCGAUGUUUUCUCAUGUGUCAUUAAGAUUAGGAACAGAAAACUUUAAGACAGUGGCUUUUGUGAGAUGUUUCUUUGUUUUUAUGAUUUCAUUUUUUGUAUGUGAUGCACGCGACCUCCGGGCACUUUGGAUGCGGCCUUGAUGUUGCGGCGCUGUGAUUUCAAACGUGUGUACGUGGCGUUUUUGUACUCAUUGUACUCAAACGGACCUUGUAUUUUUUUAGUCGAGACGUGUUGUUUAAUCAUUUGUCUUUAUAUAAGAAAGCUUCUAGAACUGCGAUUAUUGAUGCUAAUUGUUAGCAUGUCAAUGGAGUUUGGCAUGUUUGUUAGCAUUAAGCUAAGGGGGGGUCCAUGAGCAAGUUCUACACACAAGAUGGGCAAUUAUUUGUUGGUUUUUUUGUUUAGUUUCACUGUACAUUUCAAGUGGGAAUGCCAUGACACAGUUAACAAAUGUUUCUUGGGAUUUUUUUCAUUUUUCAAACUCUUGAAUUGGAUGUAUGAGUUCACUGCUCAUAUUAUUUUGAAAAUUAUUUUAGUGUGACUACUAUAAUGUUAAUGGCUUUAUUACCACUACAGAUCCAUUUAACAUCUCCAAAACACCUUUAUUA